AGAGGGCCUCCUCUCUGCGCUCCGAGAGAUGGGCAGUGGGGAGCCCAAUCCUGCUGGCAAGAAAAAGAAGUACCUCAAGGCCGCCCUGUACGUGGGGGACCUGGACCCCGAUGUCACCGAGGACAUGCUGUAUAAAAAGUUCAGGCCUGCCGGCCCCCUGCGCUUCACCAGAAUCUGCCGGGACCCCGAGACCCGCAGCCCCCUGGGCUAUGGCUAUGUCAACUUUCGCUUUCCCGCCGACGCCGAGUGGGCCCUGAACACCAUGAACUUCGAUCUGAUCAAUGGCAAGCCAUUCCGCCUCAUGUGGUCUCAGCCAGACGACCGCCUAAGGAAGUCUGGAGUUGGAAACAUAUUCAUCAAAAACCUGGACAGGUCCAUAGACAACCGGGCCCUUUUCUAUCUGUUCUCGGCCUUCGGGAACAUUCUGUCGUGCAAGGUGGUGUGCGACGACAACGGCUCCAAGGGCUACGCCUACGUGCACUUCGAGAGCGUGGCGGCCGCCAACAGGGCCAUCUGGCACAUGAACGGCGUGCGGCUCAACAACCGCCAGGUGUACGUGGGCCGCUUCAAGUUCCCCGAGGAGCGGGCGGCGGAGGUGAGGACCAGGGACAGGGCGAUCUUCACCAACGUGUUCGUGAAGAACUUGGCGGAGGAGAUGGACGACGAGAAACUCAAGGGCAUUUUCAGCGAAUAUGGGCCGACGGAGAGCGUCAAGGUCAUCAGGGACGCCAGCGGGAAGUCCAAAGGCUUCGGGUUCGUGCGCUACGAGACGCACGAGGCGGCGCAGAAGGCCGUGCUGGACCUGCACGGCAAGUCGCUGGACGGCAAGGUCCUGUACGUGGGGCGGGCGCAGAAGAAAAUCGAGCGGCUGGCGGAGCUCCGGCGACGCUUUCAGCGGCUCAAGGUCAAAGACAAGAACCGGCCCCCUGGGGUGCCCAUCUACGUGAGAAACCUGGACGAGACCGUGGACGAUGAGAAACUGAAGGAGGAGUUUGCUCCCUUCGGGCCCAUCAGCCGGGCCAAAGUGAUGGUGGAGGUCGGGCAGGGCAAAGGGUUCGGGGUCGUCUGCUUCUCGUUGUUUGAAGACGCCAUCAAAGCGGUGGAUGAGAUGAACGGGCGUGUAGUGGGCUCCAGGCCGGUGCACGUGAGCCUGGGCCAGUCCAGGGGCAGGUGGUGAGACGACCGAUGACCUUACUCAGUGUGUUUCAGCCUUAAGCUGCUGCCUGCUUACUUUGGGUGACGAGGUUCUUCUAUGCCAGCUCGCAGGUGUUUUUUUUUUAAAAGUGAAUAUUUUCUUUUGAAACAAGUGACACUAGAAAACCAUGUUCAUUUUAGUGAAGAACAUAAUUUCUAACUGUAAAACUGUCCUUUUGUACUAUUUUUGGAUGUAAUACUCUUAGGGAUGUGGAGAAUAAAAUGCAUUCCCCCGCUCAUUUGUUUUCCGAAAUGAGUCAGGGUGAGCUGACUGACCGAAUAUAUUUCUUUCCUUAUUUUCGAUAAUACUACUAGAUUUCAUUUCUUCUGUGUACAGAUUCUCUAAAUGGUUUAUCCGUCUGAUUGUAUCACACUGAAAACUCCUCACUUGCUUUUUCAGAAAUCAGUAGUGCAGAGGAAAUGUAUGGGAUGCACAAUUUCACUUUAAAUUAUUACUUCAUAUGACUCUUCUCUUCAAAGGAUGUACGCUGUGUUUCUUCCCUUUAUUUAUUUAAAUUAUUUUCACUUUCAAAGCCAUUUUGGGCAUACCACAAACUUGACAGUGACUAUGACUAAUUGUCAGGAGUUUUCUUUGUGACCUUCAUACCCAGUGACAUAAGCAUAUGAACAGCUUAGGCAUUCACGAUUUCAAUUAUGCGUUUCAUCUUAAAACCUUCUCCUCACACAUUUGAUAUUUGACACCAUUUUCAGGAGCAUUCUUAUGACUCAUUUUUCUAAACUCCUUUGUAUGUAUACUUGAAGAGGAUCUCUUAAAGUUGUCAUUCUCUCUUGUAGAUUGCUCAAUGUAUCCAUGGGAAAAUAUCCACAGACAUUCCAAAGUGAAGGAAAAGGUCAAAUCACUUGACCUCAUCUAUCAUAUGAGAGUUGUUAAUCCACUAUGCUUCUCUUUCUGUGCCGUCGCUUGACAGUUGGUACGGAAUGUUCUGUCCUUUGUUACGGUUACAUUUCUCGGCUAUGCAUUUUCUGGAUUUCCCUUGCUGUUCCUGUCUACGAUCCAUCCAUAUUACACCUAGUUUUCUGUUUCCUUUGGACGGGCUUUCUUUCAAUAUGCAUUUUUGAAGCAGAGAAAUAAACGCCUACUUUUUGUAACAUUUACACAAUUAAUUAAAAAAUGUUGAUUCACUCAUACCACAGAUGGAACCAUAAGAAAAUGUUUUGUUUGUGUUCCCAGUUUUUAUGUCUUUACAUAAAAACCUUUAGAUCCAUACAAAAUUCAAUGUAAGUAUAUGAUUUGUUAACACUUUUGUUAGCAAUUUGCCCACAAAAUAAGGAGAGUAAGCUAUUUCUAUGUAAUUAUCUAUAAAUUACAUGUAUAUUCAUUAUUAGAUAUUUUCAAAUGGAAAUCACUUUUUAAAAUUUUAAUCAUAGUACUUGUUGAUUGUAACAAAUGCACACAAUGCAAAAAUUUAUAAGGACAGUAAAAUUCCCAUAGUUCAGAGAUAAUUAAUAUUGAUAUUUUCUGUAUGUAAUAUGCUUCUAUGCCUUUUUUCCUGUUUAUGCACAGUUUUACUAACAAAAAGAAAACAUACUUCAUGUACUGUGAUGUGUUUUGCUAAAAUUUUCAACACGACCAUGUUUUCAUGUCAAUAAAUAUUGAUCUGUACCAUCA